AAACAACGGAAGUCGGUCUGCUUCCGACAUCGACAGUGCACGACUUCCACUUAUCUUUUAGCAAGUAAACAUUGUUUAAUGUUUACUUUACCACACAAACAUAAAUUCGAUUAUUUUAUUCAAGCCUUUGCUGAAGUUAUUCUUACCUGUCACUGAAAUAACAUAAUAGAAUUUCCUUCACAGCUUCUUGGGGAUAACAGUGAUGGCCAACAACAGGAAGAAUCCCUCCUUUUACCCUCAGCAAAUCAACUGCCCAUUUCAAAUCAAAAUAUGGUUGAAAUGGGGAAGAAGCUUUUGGAAGCAGCAUCAGAAAACAAUCUUGAAUCAGUGAAAUCGCUGAUGACGGGUGGAGCACCCUUUACAGGAAACUGGCUUGGUACAACCCCCUUGCAUGCAGCAGCAAAAGCAGGCCACAUUGAAACUGUUGAGUUACUGCUGAAAGCUGGCAUAUUCAGGGAUGCAAAAACCAAAGUUGACCGUACUGCCUUGCAGAUGGCAGCUGAAGAAGGUUACACUGCUAUUGUUCAAAUGCUCCUAGAACAUGGUGCAGAUAUCAAUGGCAAAGAUAUGUUGAGGAUGACAGCUCUUCACUGGGCUGUUGAACGCGGUCAUCGAGAUGUUGUAACCGUUCUUCUUUCAUAUGGAGCUGAAGUCGUGAGUUUUAAUAAAUUUGAAAAAACCGCCAUGGACAUAGCCUGUGAUAAUGGCUUUGAAGAUAUUGCAUUGCAACUUGAGGCUGCAAUAUUUCAAAAGAAUAAUAGUAAACCCCAUAUUCCUGUUGGCAAUGGAAGAACGGAAGCCGCUAACCAUAAUACUAGUAUCCCCGAAAUGAACUCAGUAAAAAGUCCUACUUGGAAAACUUCUCCCGAAGAAGACGCCUUAGAAAAAUUGACUGCCAGCACGCGUAAUUCCGAAUCAACGUCACACGAAGCUUUGAAACUGCUGGAAUCCCACGGCAUUUCCUUUUUGCCAGUAGAUAAUUCUACGUUAUUGACUUCAGCCCUUGAAAGCGGACAAAGUAUUAGCUUGACCGAAGCUGGAAAAAUGGCUUUAAAUCAUUUAAAAAAAGAUAGCCAUCCAAUCCCCCGCCCUGCUCAAGCGGCACCGUUGGCAAAGAAACUGAAGCUUUCAUCCGUCUCCACUCCUGGCCAUCCAAGAGUGGUCACUAUAACGGCUGAACAGUUUUUGGCCAUUGCCAACCGAUUACAAAACAGGGGUUCCGGCAAACCUGUGAUUAUUUCGCUUCCCAAAAAUGUGGCUCUUUCGAACCAAACAAAGAUUGCCAACAACAAGCCUGCCGUGACGUCGUCUUCUGUUGCUCCUAGUAAACCACCAGCCUCAGAAUUAGAUUCAUCUUUGCCCGAGUUUGUUCUCAAUCAGCAGAUGUCUGAUCCAUUGACGAUCGAGGCCCCAACUGUCAUUAAACCUCCUCAGCCUCCGUUGAGUAUGCCCAUACUGACCGAGGAUGAACCUUGUUCAGAUCCAACCUCAUUCGAAGUCAAGAGCACAAAUGAUCAAUAUCACGACCCGGAUCCUUUGACGGUAUCAUCCGAGUUUGAUUUGGUCACAUCUCAAGAAGUCUCUACACCGUCCUUGGACAUGUCAUCGCCUUCGUCAGUGAUUGAAACCAACACCACAUCUGCCAUUAAUAUCGCCGAUUGUUGUACUCCAGCAGAAAACUCGGCGUCGGACGAAAGAAAGAAUCAUUUUUUCAAAUCCGGUCAACUGAAAGGAUCGGCUAGGACGACGCCCAUGACCAUCUUGUGCGAAAGAAAGAGGAGAAAAUCGGUCACGCUGGAAGAAGUGGAAGAAGAAUUUCCAAGUGAAGCGGUGAUGGUGGCAUCCAUUCAUUCCAAGUCAAUCCAUUCGCAAGUCCAGCAGCCACAUCAGCAUCAGCCGACUUUGAAUAAUGCUGCACCACCGCUGGAUGCUGAUGACGACAUGUUCAUCAAUGACGAAUCUGAAUCUUGUCACGGCAACAACAAUCCACCGGUGUGGUUGUCGAUCAUGGAAGAGGAAAACAGUCGAUUUUCUGCCGGUGCGGCCGACAAUGACGACGAUCUUCUCGAUCCCAGCCGACUGGCCGCCCAAUUGGCCUCAAUACGACAAGCUGCCUCUCAGUAUUCCUUCAGUAGUUGAUGGUCUGUGACUGCAUUUCGUUCUUCCUCGCACCAAUUGUUGGUGUCUUAACUGCAAAAAAUUACAAAUUAAGAAGAUGGAAGAAAUCAACAACAAAAAAACGCUCUCCUUAUCCCCUCCUUCUCCCCGUUCCUUCCUUCGUAUUGUUUGGAAAGGUUUAUACUCCCGAGUCAAAUAUUGUUUUAUAUAUUUCGUAUAGAUAAAAUGUUAAAUAAUUGAAAAUACAGAAGACGUGUCGGAAUUA